AUGUCUAAUAGUGAGUUAGUCUUAAGAUUGAUUUGGGGUGAGGGUAAAGUAGUGGUAGUUACGAUGGAUGGAGUGUCUGAAAGGGGUGUGAUUGUAGAGAGGAAGGAGAAAGUGCGUGGUAGUAUGAAGGUUUCGGCUAUUUAUCGGGUUAAGAUGUUUAGUGGGGCUUUGAAAUGGGUGCCUGAGAGUGCUUUGGGUGAAGUAGAGGAAGAGAGGGUUAAGAUAGGAUUAGGAUGGCCGCGUUUGUGUUUGUUUAGUGUCUUUAGAGAUUUACUGCUUAAAGAAAGAAGUGUUUUAGAUAAGAAUAAGAUAGUUUUUAAUUGCCUUGGUUUAAAUAGAGAUAGUAAUAUGUAUUUAGAUGGUGUUGGUAUGUGUAUGAGUUUGGAUAGUAAUAGUAGUAGUAGUAGUAAUAGUAGUAGUAAUAUGAGUAAUAAGAGGGAAAGUUGUGAAAACAACGAUAACUUAAAAGAUAACCCCAGUAGAGAUAACCCAAGAGAUAACUUAAGUAGUAAUGGGAUGGGAGAGGAUGAGGUGGUGGUGCGGGCAGUGUAUGCGAGUGGUAAUUCGGUGGGGAAGAUUUUGGGGUUGUUUGAAGUGGCUUUGAUGGAGUUGCGGCCUCAGGGGGUAGAGGAGGUUAAGGAGGGAGUUAAAGGACUAAUGGAAUUGUUUUUGUUUGCUGUUCAUACGUUGAUUCUUUAUCGGGAGGAACGAAUGGUUUAUGAGAAAGAAUUGUAUCCAGAUAGUGAUAAGAUUUUGAAAUAUUAUGGGUUGACGCAUUUGUUGCGUAUGUUGUUGGUUUUACCGCAAUUACAAGGGAAGAUAGUUGGUGAGGCUGAACAUUUUGAACAUGCAGGUGAGUACUUGAAGGCUUUGAAUGAUUAUUUAGAGAGUAACUAUACUUUGUUUGUGCCGGAAUCUAUGUGGCCUGGAAGUAAAUCUACUGUAGCUUCUAAUAGUAACAAUUAA